CGUGUGUAAGUUUAAUCGGGCGCAAAGAGGAAGCAAAACGUGCGAACCCUUUUCUUCAACUUCGGAAAUGACGACGUGGAUGGGUUGCCAGAUUUGGAUCAACUCGGUGGAGAAACGUUGUUGGCAUCUUCUCUCACAAGAAAAACAAAGUGAAAUUGACAACUCUUGCAGCCUUUAUUUGAACACCAUCUUAAGCAUAUUUGAAGUGUUAUUACAGUCUUGAGGAAGUACCUAACCAAGUGUGGCCUGAAUAUUUCUGUGAGACAACAUGGCAAGGAAAAACCAGAGGGACCCGUCGGGUGUGGUGUUUGACACUCGGUCAAACAUGGCCAUGUCCCAGGGAGGAACAGCUGACAGGAUGAAGGAGAAGAUCAGUGCCGUCCGCGCCGUUGUCCCGAACAAAAGUAACAAUGAGAUUGUACUGGUUUUGCAGCAUUUCGAGAACUGUGUUGACAAGGCCGUUCAAGCUUUCUUAGAAGGCAGUGCAGUUGAGAUCCUGAAGCAGUGGAAUGUUACUGGCAAAAAGAAGCCCAAGAAGAAAAAGAAGCCCAAGCCUCAGCCAGAGGCGCCAGCAGAGCCUGCUCCACCCGAGGCCGCGCUGCUUGAGGAGGGCAAGGACGAGGUGAACGGCUUUCAUGCCAACGGAUCAGUCAUGGAUGGAGAGUCGCUUGAUUCUCUAAGUGAACACUUGGACUCUGCCUCCUUGGAUGCAGCUGAGCUGGACUCUGAGCCCGCUACAUCAGAAACCACCGGUGCAGAAGCAGAAAUUCAAGGUAGUGCUCCAAGCCCCCCCUUAAAGCAAGGCGGAAGAAAUCACCAGGGUCGGAGAAACAACAGGAACCGACACAGGCUAGACACAAAUUCCAAUCAACCCACUUCCUCAUUUCCACCCACCAAUGAUGAGCAAGGAUCAUCGGGAGUCAAGAAGAUGGCUCCCAACAUUGACCGCUCUGUGAAGGACCUGCAGAGAUGCACCGCCUCACUGACUCGCUACAGGAUAGUGGUGAAGGAGGAGAUGGACUCCUCAAUCAAGAAGAUGAAGCAGACGUUUGCCGAGCUCCUGAGCUGUUUAAUGGACAGAGAAGUGACUCUCAUGGGAGAAAUGGACAAAGUGAAAGCAGAAGCCAUGGCCAAUUUGAACACCCGGCAGAAGAAAGCGGAGGAGCUCAGAAGGCUGACGGACAAGUCGGCAUCCAUGUCCGAGGAGCAGUUGACUGAACUGCGUGCAGACAUCAAGCACUUUGUGAGCGAGCGUAAAUAUGAUGAAGACCUCGGGAGAGCUGUGAGAUUUACAUUUGAUCUUGAACCGCUGAAGACCAGCAUCUCCGGGUUUGGGUCAGUUUACCAUCCGCGUACAAGCUACUCAAAUCGGUCCCGUUGUAGCUCCACGUCCUCUUCUGUCGCCGGCCCAAGCCAGCUGGAAACUCCUCCUCCCACCCAGACCCGAAGCCCGCCCAAUGAACACCGCCCUCCACCAAACAAACAGAUUUUCCAAGGCAACAGGCGUACUUUCCAGGGACAAGGCUAUUACUCAGGCGGUCAGAGGUAUAACGGCAGUUCCUACAAUGAGAGAAAUGCCGGCCGUGCUAACCACCGCUACCAGAGUGACGGUGGCCCUUCUGGUCCGUCCCAGCCUUCGCGCAGCUCAAGAGGUCCGAACCAUUCCUCCACCACCUCCAACAACCAAGACCGACCCUCUAAUAACGGGCUGCCCCAGAGGCCUCCGCGGACGCCCUGCCCUUGACUGGAAAUCCUGUGCUUAAUCAAACCCACCUACUAACCACUCUCCUCCCCAUGGCCUCCCCAUACCCCCACUAGUCUCCCCUCUACUAACUCCUUUCAAUGAAGAAUAGAAUACAAGUUUACAUAUUUCCGCCAGUUGAGCUGUAAUGACACCUCUCUAAAAUCUAUCAAUUCAAACUUCAAGAGCUCUCACUGUUCUAUAUUCGUUCUUCCUUUUGCUUUCCUCCCCUCCUGGUUAUGGUAACGGCUUCUAUCUUCAGGCCCUCUGAGAGAUCUCAUCGCUAUGCGACUGUCGGUCUGUCGCAGAUCUUUUUGCAGCAAAUCUGCCAGAGACUGACGUGAUUACCUGCAACAAUUCGUGCACUAUUGAAGUUAAACUCUUCGUGCUAUUUCUGUUUUUGCGUGGUUCAUGUCAGCUCUCUGAUUUGAACCUCCGAUUUUUGUUUUGUUGUCACCAGAACCAUUUCAAUGCCUUCACAAUGGAAAGGGUAGUGGAAGUGCAAAAGUAGAUCUAGCAGUAACAGGUUGUUGUCAUUCGGAGGGGAGACGUGCAAUCAACGCUACAGACUACCGUUAAUCUUUACGCGGUAAGAAUAAUUCCACCCAUCAAACUGUAAUCCAGAGCUUUUUGUACGGCUGCUAUAAACCAUAAGGAACUUGUUCACACUCGGGAGUCGACGUGUUUGAGAGUAACUCUGAACACAGAGGAGGCCCUCGAGAAGCAAUAGUUUGACAUUUGAGAAAUGACUAAUUUGAUUUCUUUCCAAGAGUUUAAUAACAAGAUGGAUAUCAGUUUCAUAUUUGAAGACUAAUCUGAAACUAUCACCAGUGAGUUUAGCUAGGCACUGAAGCAGUUUGAAACUAUGAUUAGGACAUGCCUAAUGUCACAACACCCACAUUUCACUCAUUAACACUUUCCAUCUUGUUUCCAUAUUUAGUAGAAUAACGUCAGUGUGAACUUGUCGUUCUGGUUGUGUGUGCCAGGCAGAGCAGCGCUAGCUGUGGCCUUUGUUUCCAGUCGUGAUGAAAAGCUACGCUGGUCACUGUAGCUUCAUAUUUAACGUACUGACAUGAGAGUCAGAUCAAACUUAUCAUCCAACUCUUGGCAAGAAAAUUAAUAUGCACAUUUCCCAAAAUGUCGGGCUGUUCCAUUCCAUAGUGGCUCAGAUGCCGAAGCACCGCCUCCCAUUGGCCGACGGGGCUGUGCGGGUGUUGGCUUGCUGUCUUAUUUUGAAACAAAGGACUCAUCGCCCUUGUGAUGACGACGACCACAAUAAAGGAAACUGUUCACUUGCUGUUCUAUAUUUAGUCCUUGACAUUUAUUCAGAAGAAUUUUCUUCCACACGCACCGGUUCUCCAUGUGUUCUGCACUCGGGUGGCAUAUUCUAGACACGCUUGCCUUUAGCCACAGAGAGACUUCACGUUUGCCUUUCUAGAGAUGGUACUUGUAGAGCGGGCGUGCGGUCUUUAAAUAUAUGCGUGAGAAUAAGAUCUUUUCGUCCCCCUUUUUUAAUAUAUUUUCACUUUAUCCCCUGUGAAUGUAGAAACCGAUGCAUGCAUUGGAAGGUUGUAUUGAUUUGUUCUCUCUGGCUGCCGAGAUGCAUUGAGGCUGUUGAGGUGAAGUCUCAUCGUCGUGGCCACAGCUGGUGAAUACCUCAAUGCUGAUGUUUUGACACGGCCUGCUUUCAAUGAGUUUUCUCGCAGUGGUCUCUUAUUUAAGGGACAGGGACCCCUGGUGAGUUCUCACCUCUUAUCAUCAUGUAGUUGUCUCCAUGCAGUCUGUGGAGCUGCGAGGCGGGAGGAUAAGACCGGUUGCUGCAUUUACUUCGUGUGUCGUCUUCCCUCGAGCAGUCUUUUGGAAGACAUAUUUUUAGUUGCUUUGUGGUUUUCUGAUUUAAAGGGAGAUUUUUCUUCAUCGUUAAGCUUUUGUUUUUAUUUGCGUCAUUAUGCGGGUUAAUGUUGCGGAGGGAAGAGCAUGAACCUUUUUUGUAGUCUUUGGUCAAUUAUGCUGUAAUGACAUAUGUUUUGACUAAAAGCAAAAGUAUAUUUUGUGAUAUACGUUCAGUUCCUUUUAGUAAUGAGCCAAUUCGACUAGAAAUCUUACUUUGACAAGAAAAAAAACUUUUCUUCGUAUUCUUUCAGAGGUGAUGAAGACUUUUAUUGACUGGUGUUUUGGGGGCUGCAGUUUGAAUUCAAAGCUGUAGGACGGAUGACGCAUCAGCUUUUAUUCCACAUAUCUCCAGUCUGCCCUGGAGGUGCUGGACUCGUUCAAUCAUGACUCACACAGAGUAGUUGGUCUGCCUCACUUUAUCCACCUUUCUUUUCUUUUACAUUCCAGACUGUAGUGAUAUUAGGUUUUCACCAAAGAUAAUGAUGUCCUGUUUUUGUUUUCCCCGCAGCCUGUAACGAAUUCCAAAGGGAUAAAUCCAAUGCUUCACGUAUUCUUCUUCUUGAUCCCACCCUACUUUAUUUUCUGAUUCCUGAAUGUAUAUACAUUUAUGUAGCUAUAUAAUUUUGUGCUCACAUGGGGCAUUUUGUAUGUGAUAUUCAUAGUAGGCAUAAUGGAGGUUAAACAUCUAGUUCAUUCCUUCCUUCAGUAGACCAUGUGUCCUCCAGACAACUUUUCUGAGACAACUGUAAACUCAAGUGCCUUUUUCUUGUCUCCCACCAAUUCAUUGACAUCUCCACCAGAGUAUGGACCAAAGACAUCGACUGUCUCCGACCCCCCUGUCCUCUUUCUCCCCACUCACUGAAUGAAAUGCACACUUUUCAUUUACUACAAAUAAACAGUUUGCAAUACUGA